AUGGCGGCAGGUGACUGUGGCUGGUGGGGGGGCGGGGAUAAAGAUGUGAGGAAUCCCUGGGCUCUGAGACACCAGGAGCAGCGAGCACUCCCUGGACUUGAACCCUGUCCUCCUUUCCCCAAGGCCACUCCAUCAUGGUCACUGUCCUGGUAUGUUCAGAAGUAUGUUUCGUGGAUUCUGAGGAUUAAGAAAGAGGGAACAGAAACUGGUUGUUGCAUCCCAGAUGAAGAUGUUCCUCAGAGGAAGAGACAUUUUGUCCAUGGAACAAGGAUCCGCUUGUGGCCACCCAGCAGGGUGGAGCCCACAUAUCCCAAUGACGUUUCCAACAGGGUCAUCAUGGAGGUAGUCCCCUGUGACUUCUCAGAAGAGGAUGAGGAACAGUCUAUCUGGAAGGUGGAAUCCUCAGACAAGGAAAACAUAAUCCUGGAGACCCUGAGGGAUCACUUCCAUCAUCACAGAAGAUCAGAGGAACCCAUGGAAUACUCUAGUUGGCAUGUCCACAGGCAGUGGGACUGGAGCAGCGACGAGGAAGACCGUGAAGGCCACACCAUAUCUGUCACUGCCCUAGUACACGCGGAAGCAUGUUUCUCUGACGCCAAGGAUGAGAAGGCAGAACCAGCCAUUGGAUGCCGUGAUGACGUCUGCAAGGAGAUGGAACUGUGAUCGUGAGGACAGAGGCUGCAGCUCUCACCCUGUCCCCUUUGUGGAGGGGAUCACUCGAAUCGUUUAGACUUAGCGUUUUUUGUACAUAUGUUUGCUCCUUUUCAUUGUCGCAAAUGCUCUGUUUUGAACGUUGGCUAUUUAACCCUGUAAAUACGUUUCCUCUAUAUUGGUGUAUAUUAAUAUAUAUUGUAUAUCAAAUGAAAGUUGAUUCCUGCCAGUCUGUAGUAAAACCUCUCUUGUAGUGUAAGCAUCACUAAAACAAAUCCCUAAAGAGAAGUUGAUCUCCAACUUAGUGACCCGCCAUCACUCCCUUGA